AUGAUUUGGCAGAUGGUGUUUUUUUGCAUUCUCACAAGAGCCGAUCCAAUUUGGCCGUCUCCCAACGAUGAACUCGAGGAGAUCAUGUACCAAGUCGAAGGCCACAGGGCCAGAGACUUUGGAGGGACCGUUAUUCCGUGCUCUAACGAAGCAUCCGGACCUGGUCGACAGAAUGCUGCUGAAUGGUUACGGGCAGCCUUUCAUGAUAUGGCUACGACUACAUAUCUGAGCGGCAUACGAGCUGGCGGCUUAGAUGGCUCCUUGCAAUACGAGCUAACCGGCUCGGACAAUAUCGGCCCAGGUUUCAAUACAACUCUUAAGUUCAUGGCCGACUAUUAUACGAGCCAGUCUAGCGUUGCAGAUCUAAUUGCUUUGGGCGUAUACUACGCCGUUAGGUCUUGCGGUGGUCCGGUAGUGCCUGUUGCCGGUGGAAGGGUCGAUGCUCUUGCGGCUGGUCCCAUAGGUGUUCCGCUACCGCAGAAUACUGCUUUCACAUUCGAGCAACAGUUUACACGAAUGGGGUUUAGCAAGACCGAGAUGAUCCAAGUCACCGCAUGUGGCCAUUCUAUUGGUGGUGUUCAUGAAAAUGAAUUUCCUGAAAUCGUCCCGGUUGGGUCUACCUCAAACGGCGAAGCUCCUUUGGACUCGACUGUUGCAGCGUUCGAUAACAAGGUUGUCACCGAAUAUAUCGCUGGUAACACUACUAAUCCCCUGGUGGUUGGUCCAUCGAUCAAGGCCACUAGGAACGCAGACUACAAGGUGUUCAACUACGAUAGCAACGUCACAGUCAAAGCAAUGGCAGGUGCCACUGAGUUUAAUAGCAUAUGUGCAACUGUUCUGCAGAAGUUGAUUGAUACUGUGCCUGAUGGUGUGGUUUUAUCUGAUCCUAUCCAACCAUAUUCUGUAAAGCCAGUUGAUAUGCAGUUGUCACUUAACUCUGACCCGUCAACAAUGCAGCUGACUGGACUUAUACGUGUUCGAACUACUGACAUAGGAGAGGAUUCUGUCUCUAGCUUAACGCUGAACUACAAGGACCGAAGCGGGGGUACUAAUUGCGGUAGCACGAAUUGCGCAUACACAGCAACUCUCCUGGGUUCCACUCAGGGGUUCGAUGAUCAAUUUGUUUGGUUUCCCAUCAAUACUGGCAUCCCAACAUCCACGGGAAUUUCAUCUUUCACUGUAACCCUUAAUAUGGCCGACGGAACCACCAAAACAUACGAUAACAAUGGAAACACAUACCCAAUGCAAGACACCAUAUUCAUUCAAAACCCCCAAAGCUGCCUUCUUUCCGGCACUCUCACCAUUACCGCAGCUGUCCGUAACGACCGCAAAUCCCUUCCUGUAAAUAUGUUCGUCUCAUACAAGACCUCGACGGGGGAUCCUAAUCGUCCAGUUCCCACUCUGAAAGAUGCCACGAUUACCAUGACAGAAGGUACUUGCGUAGGCUCAUAUACUUUUUAUACGGCGGACUUUACUGGCCUUGGCGAUCUUGCGUAUGCAUCAAAAAUCGAUGUCAUUAGCGGGAGUGAUUCAUCUUCUAUUACUGACGCCUUCAAUGCCGCAAGCGAACUAGAAGCAACAUGCAAGCCCUUCCAAAACCCACCAACUUCUGCGUGUACCACCGAACAGCUGUCAACGUCUCCCGGAUCACCAAUUACCUCAUCUACUUCUAUUUCACUAUCUACUACUUUCUCUACUACCGUGAGCACCACAAGCACCUCUUCUACAGCACCAGCUGAGACCGCGCAUCACAGACAGGAAAUUGGUGACUAUGUGCUUGUCGGAUGCCAGAAAGAAUCAACUGUACAGGGAAUCCGAGCGCUCGGUGGCGCCGCAUUUGCUUACGAUAACAUGACACUAGAAGAUUGUAUGAAUAACUGUAGUAACUAUAUUUACUGGGGCACAGAAUAUAGACGAGAAGUAUGUUACUGUGGCAACUCGCUAGACCCGACGAGCGAAGACGCGCCCUUGACUGAUUGUAACAUGGUAUGCGGUGGAGAUGCUACGGAAUAUUGCGGUGAUAGCGAUAGGAUAGAGCUGUACAGCACCACAGCUAGUCAGCCAGCCCCGACUGCUACACUUGCUCCUAAACCAACUGUAUCAUCAUACGUCCGGGUCGGCUGUUACAAUGAGAUCCCAGGUGGCCGAGCUCUGACUGGAGCAGCCUACGCAGACGAUGCUAUGACACUAGAACUAUGCGCGACCGACUGUACUGGAUUCGAAUACUGGGCAACUGAAUAUGGCCGAGAGUGCUACUGUGGGAACACCAUUGAUAGUCUCAGCACGGCAGCUCCUGACGCUGAUUGUCAAAUGGUAUGUGCUGGGGAUCGUUAUGAAUAUUGCGGAGCUGGGAAUAGACUUGAGUUAUAUCAACUAGAAACAGCUUCUUCGACGCCCGCGACGAGCACGUCGAGUCUGGUGUCUUAG